UGAAAUUCCUCAAGCAUGGAACAUAGAUGUCUCAUUGUGUUGGAAAGCAUGAUUCUUUAAAACACAAAUAUUUAUCCCAACCACUGAUGAAAUGGUCUACAACUUGUGGCAUGAUAGGAGCUACAUUCCCAUUUCAGUAAAUGCCCUCCAUCACUAAUGAUGUCGACUGAUUCUGUCUGAUGUUAUUCAUGCAUGGAUUGAACACAAGCAUGACAAUCUUUCUUCCCAGUGUGCAAACAACACUGCUUGACAAAGAACAUCACCCUUGUUAACAGCGUUAUUUUACUUUCUAGAGCCUCCAUCUUUCAUUAAAAUGCCGGAAAUACUGGAAGUCGUCAAAGGAAAAGAUGGUAGCUUGCACUGUGAGCUGUACGGAACUCCUCCUUUCCAAGUGAACUGGUACAAAGAAAAGAGAGCCUUGAAGGAGAACCAUAAAUACCGCAUGGUCAGUGAAGGAGCUUCGGCUGCUCUUCACAUCAUGAAGCUAGACAUGACAGACGCUGGUUUAUAUGAAUGCAGAGUAACAAACAAUGUAGGAAGUAACACCUGCCAUGCCACCGUUAACUUGAGAGAACCACCAUCUUUCGUCCAGAAACUGGCGGAGCAGUCGAUAAGAGCUGGUCAGCAACUCACGCUGACAGCUAAAGUUAAAGGCUCUGAACCUAUUACUGUGUCCUGGGUUCAGGACAAGGAUCACAUCCUCAGGGAGGGUGAAAACAGGAUUAUCAGUUAUCUUAAUGGUGAGGCCACCCUCACAGUUCCAACAACAGACCACACCACAUCUGGUAAAUACACCUGCCAGCUCAGGAACGACUCUGGCCAGGCCGAGUGCGUCUCGCUGGUCACUGUUCUAGAACCUGCUGCUAUUGUGGAUUACCCUGAGACUUUAAAUGUGAAGUCAGGAGACAGUGCAGCUCUUGAGGUAUCGGUAUCAGGCUCAGCAGAGCUCAAGCCCAGGUGGUUCAAGGACAACCAAGAGCUGUCUACCAGCACAAAGUUGAAGUUGUCUUUUUCAAAUAAAGUGAUGAUUCUGAUGAUUCAACCUGCUGACAAGGCAGAUACAGGAGUGUACAAGCUAGAGAUCCAAAAUAACAUUGGGAAAGCAUCCUGCAAUAUUAAACUCUCUGUCUCAGAUAAGAUGAUUCCAGCAACAUUCAUACGGAAGCUGAGAGACAUUAAUCUAGUUGCUGGUCGACCAGGAGAGAUGGAGUGUAAGGUGGCUGGUUCAGCUCCUUUCACCACCACCUGGUUCCACAAUGGCCAGGAGAUCAAGGGUUGCCCAAGCUUUGAGUUAAGCCUCAUUGAUAACACAUGUAAAAUCAAAGUUCCAACUGUCCAGUUGUCUGACUGUGGGAAAUACACCUGCAAAGCUACUAAUGCUGCAGGAAGCAGUGAAACUAGCGCUUUGAUGACUGUCAAAGAAUCUCCCUCUUUUCUGGAAACACCUGACAUGAAAGAAAGUCUCCCUGGAAAAAAUGUCACGUUCUCGGCCAGAGUGAAGGGCAGUGGGCCUCUCAAGGUGAGAUGGUUCAGGGGAGCUAAAGAAAUGCUCCAUGGAAGGGGCUGUGAUGUUUCCCUGAAGGAGGGUGUAGCUACUCUUGUGCUGAACGCUGUGGAGAAGAGCCAUGCAGGGGAAUAUACCUGUCAGGCCAUCAAUGAUGCUGGGAAGGAAAGCUGCUCAUUCAUCAUGUUUGUAAAAGAACCGGUUCACUUUGUGAAGAAGCUAAGGAACAUUUCCUGUGAAAAAGGAGUGCCUCUGAGGCUUGAAGUCACAUUUGCUGGCACCCCCCGGGUGGAGGUGACCUGGUGGAAAGACGGUGACUUCAUUUGGGCUUCUUACCAGUACAACGUCAUAAAAACAGACACCUCUUGUGUCCUGGAGGUCCUCAACAGUGACAAGAUGGAGGCAGCUGGAACAUACUCUUGUAAUGUUGACAACGGAGUUGGAAGUGACAAGUGUGAAGCUCAAAUCUCUAUUUUAGAACGACCUUACUUUGUUGAAGAAUUGAAGCCAUCAGAAGUAUCUGCCGGUGAUGCCCUUACCCUGAGCUGCCGUAUCGCAGGAACACCUGACAUCUCAGUAGCUUGGUUUAAAGCAAACGGAAAAAUAUGCAAGUCCUAUACUUGCUCAAUGGACUUUUCAAAAGGUGUUGCCACUCUGAAAUUGAGUAAGACAACCACAUUUGAUGAUGGAGAAUAUAUCUGUAAGGCUGAAAACCGGGUGGCAUCUGAAUCCUGCAGGUGCAUAGUAACUGUUAAAGAGCCCGUUCGCUUCAUCAAGAAGUUGGAGGACACUAGUUUUAGAGUCGGUCAACCUCUGAAACUAGUGUGCAAGUACACUGGAAGCCAGAGGGUCCAAGUCACCUGGAAGAAAGACGACAAGUUGAUCUGGGCAUCAUACCAGUAUAAUGUCCUAACUACUGACUCCACCUGCUCUCUGGAGGUCCUCUACAGCGACCGCCCAGCAGCGGCUGGGAAAUACUCCUGUGAAAUUACUAAUGGAGCUGGAAGUGAUUUCUGUCAGGCCCAUGUCCGUCUAGAGCCUGUUCGCUUCAUCAAGAUGUUGGAGGACACUAGUUUUAGAGUCGGUCAACCUCUAAAGCUAGUUUGCAACUACAUUGGAAGCCAGAUGGUGCAAGUCACCUGGAAGAAAGACGACAAGAUGAUCUGGGCUUCAUACCAGUAUAAUGUCCUAACUACUGACUCCACCUGCUCUCUGGAGGUCCUCUACAGCGACCGGCCAGCAGCUGCAGGGAAAUACUCCUGUGAAAUUACUAAUGCAACUGGAAGUGAUGUCUGUCAAGCUCAUGUCCGUAUAAGUGAAGCCAAAAGCACUGGCAUCGCAAAAGCUUUCCAUUCUCCUGCUAACCUUCUCGGUAACUAUCUCCUUUCCUCAGAUGGUGCUUGAUAACCCCCAUAAGCCUGCUUACAUAGAAUAACUAAAAUAGUCAUGUCCUUCCACUACUUUGAGGAUGUUGUGAAGAUACACUUCACUGAACAUCUAAGAUGGACCUCAAAGAAAUCCUGACAAGUUGUGUCAUGCCUUUCAUCCAAACUAAAACACUGUUUUAGGUCAUUGAAAAUUUAGCUUUUGGAAAAGUAAUUUCAGGGUUGAGAUGUUAUAAAAAAAAUGAAUACAUUAUUGCUGACCGGUGGAACUCAGCUUUUCAAAAAUGUUUACCACCUGCCCUCGAAUUCGUCCAUGGCAAUUCAGAGCAAUCUAGUGUUAAUUAAUCAUUAUUGCCCUUUGUAGAGGCAUAUAAAUAUACUGAACCCAAUACUUCUUAGUCCACAUCUCCCUCAGACUUUCAAUGUACACCAUGACCGAACUUCAGAAAAUGGCGCAGCUGAAAACUUGCUCAAAACGCACCAAAUAGUUAGACUUCCUUCCUUACUGACCGGGCAAACUUAACGGAGUACUUCCAAUACUUUUGGCGAACCCCUUGGAUAGAGAUAUAUUGUAAAACAGAUGGUGUGGACAUGACAAUUUUUAAAACCGAAACUGACAAACUGGUUUUGAAAAAAUACAAGUACCACGUGGACUAGCCUUGGAAGGCAAUAUUGGGCUUGUCCCUCUAUCACCUGGUGAGACAGUAUAGCAGUCUCCGAUAAGACGAAGCCAUUACAUACUGUCGUAGUCUCAGGGUUA